AUGGCCACCUCUGGACGCCUCAGCUUCACCGUGCGCAGGCUCCUGGAUUUACCGGAGCAGGAUGCGCAGCACCUGCGGAAGAGGGAGCCGGAGCUACGCGCCCCUGCGCCCGGCCCCUGCGCCACCUGGCUGGAAUCCGAGCGCGGCCACUACCCUUCCUCGGACGAGAGCAGCCCAGAGGCCAGCCCGAGGAACUCGUCGCAGCGGCCGUCCGCUCGGCCUGCGUCUCCGGGCUCGGACGCCGAGAAGAGGAAGAAGCGGCGGGUGCUGUUCUCCAAGGCGCAGACGCUGGAGUUGGAGCGGCGCUUCCGGCAGCAGCGCUACCUGUCGGCGCCCGAGCGCGAGCAGCUGGCGCGCCUGCUGCGCCUCACGCCCACACAGGUCAAAAUCUGGUUCCAGAACCACCGCUACAAGCUGAAGCGCGCGCGCGCGCCGGGAGUCGCCGAGGCGCCCGACCUGGCAGUGGCUGCCGAGGGGCGCGCCGCGCCCGGCCUGCUGCGCCGCGUGGUGGUGCCCGUGCUGGUGCGCGACGGGCAGCCCUGCGGCGGCAGCGCCGAGGCGGGCACGGCCGCCGCCCGGGACAAGAGCGCGGCGCCGCCGGCCGCCGCCUGCCCUGUGCCAGGUUACGCCGCCUUCGGGCCAGGCUCGGCUUUCGGCCUCUUCCCCGCCUACCAGCACUUACCGCCCCCCGCCCUGGUCUCCUGGAACUGGUGA